CCCACACAUAUCCAUUUCAUUUCCAAGUCUUCUGUGACCCCCAAACCAGCCACCAUUGCCCUCUGCAAUACCCCCUUUAAUUGGCGCGCACUUGUAUGUGCGCGCACCACCGCCAUCCUCCGCCACGUCCAUGUUGGCCCAUUCCAUUGUUCUCCUCCUCCUCCUCAUCAUUCAUGUCAACGGUUCAGAUUCAGAAACGCUCAUUGAGUUCAAGGAUUCCCUUAUCAAUGGCGACAACCUAACCACCUGGACCGAUUCCAGCACCCCCUGUAACAAUAACCGACCCAAUUGGGAAGGUCUUCUUUGCACCAAUGGCAACAUUUGGGGGAUUAAACUCGAGGGGAAAGGACUUGAAGGUAGCAUUGACCCAACCAUAUUAGCCAGAUUGCCAUCUUUGGUCAGUAUCAGCUUCAAAAACAACAGCUUGGAGGGUUCUCUUCCUGAUUUCAGAAAGCUUGAUGGAAUGCGAGAGAUUUUCUUGUCCAACAACAAGUUUUAUGGUGAGAUCAAGGCCAACGCUUUCAAUGGCCUCAACCGCCUCACCAAGCUAUACCUGGCCAAUAACCAGCUCAUGGGCCAUAUCCCUCUGUCCUUGACCACAUUGCCUAAGCUUAAAGAGUUGCUGCUUGAAAACAAUCAUUUUGAUGGUCAAAUCCCAAAUUUUGAUCAAGGUAAGUUGACCCUUGCAAAUUUCGCCAACAAUCAUUUCCAUGGCCGUAUCCCAGAAGGGCUUCGAGAUUCUCCUGCAACCAGAUUUUCAGGUAAUGGAGAACUUUGUGGAACACCAUUGACAGAAUGUCAGAGGGCUGCAGGUACUUCUACCUCCACAAUCAUCGUCAUAGCAGUGGUUGUGGCAAUAGCAGUUGCUGCUGUUAUUUUUGCUGUUAUAAUCCUAAGCCGCCACCACCACCAUCACCACCAGCAACUAGGUCCGGCGGCAGGAGUUCUAAACCAGGGUUCAACAGUUCUAGCAGCCUCAGCUAACCUUAGCAUGCAAGAGAAAGGUGGAGUAUCAGCUCAUAACGGCAAAAAGGUGGAUCUUUCUAUGCAGUUGACUUUCUUGAGAGACGAUGUGGAAACGUUUGACCUUGCAGACUUGCUCAAGGCAUCAGCCGAGAUAUUGGGAAGUGGGAUGUUUGGAUCCAGUUAUAAGACCACUCUAGAUGGUGGGAAACUGGUGGUAGUGAAAAGGUUCAAGCAAAUGAAUAACGCCAGGAAAGAAGAGUUUUGCAAGCAUAUGGCAAGGUUAGGCAGUUUGAGACAUCCGAACUUGAUAACACUUGUGGCUUUCUACUACCGAAAAGAAGAGAAGCUUUUGGUUUCAGAUUACAUUGACAACAUCAGUUUGGCCUUCCAUCUCCAUGGCAAGCAGUCUAAUGAAAUUCGAAGCCCAAAUUGGCCUACUCGGUUAAAGAUAGUUAAAGGAGUAGUUAGAGGGCUUCAAAACCUUUACAACAAGCUGCCAAGCCUAAUCGUGCCUCAUGGUCACCUCAAGUCAUCAAAUGUCCUUCUCAACAAGAACUACGAGCCGCUCCUUACUGAUUAUGGGUUGGUUCCAUUAACCAACCCAGAACUAGCACGUGAUCUCAUGAUGGCCUACAAGUCACCAGAGUAUAAGCAAAUCGGCCGCAUCUCAAAAAGGACAGACAUAUGGUGUCUCGGGAUCUUAAUCCUCGAGAUCAUGACCGGAAAGAUCCCAACUCUCUACCAAGGCAAAGGAAAUGACACUGAUCUUGCAGAUUUCAUUAAUUCUGUGGCCGACCAGGAGUUCAGUAUUGACAUGUUUGAUAAGGAAAUGACGGGAUUCGACAAGAGCAAUGAAGGGGAGAUGAUGAAGCUGUUGAAGAUUGGUUUGAGUUGCUGCGAAACAGACACCAACAAGAGGAUGGAAAUUAAACAAGUUGUAGAGAGAAUUGAGGAGGUGAAAGAAAAGGACAGCGUGGAAGAAGACUUCUACUCAACUUAUAGUAGCGAGACGGACAAGGGAUCUUCAAUAGGACAUUCGGGUGACUUCACCAACUAAAACUACACAUGGUUGAUUUGAUUCAUCACUUAGAAGGUGGAGACCUUCGGUUGGUUAGGAAUGACUGGUUUCAUCAAUUUGAAGUGCAUUUUCCAUGAAUUCUGAAACCCAAGUCACUUCUGAUCAAGGUACUAUUGGAAGGGUCCUUGUAAAUCAUAUUUCUUCCCUGGGGCGGCAUUUGAACAGGCUAUGGAAGAGUAAUCGAUUCAGGAUAUUUUAAUCUUGAGAACAGUAUCAUUUGGGAUACAAUCUAGCUACACAUUUAUG